GCCGCCCACCGCCGCCGCCGCUAACCGAUAAGAGCGACGGCAUCGCGUCUUCCUAGCAGAGACGCUGCUCUCAGAGCGAAACACUUGGCAUUCGGCGUUGAAGACGGCAGCAGAGAGGAAAAGCUCGAAGAGAGAAACACGAAAGGAAGAGCGAAGAACAACGACUGGAAACGAUGGCUGCCGGAAAAAGUUUACAAGACCGUUUGAGUGCUGGGGAGAAAGUAUUUGCUGCGGAGGGUUACAUGUUCGAGUUCAACAGACGUGGCUAUCUGAAAUCUGGUGCAAUGGUACCGGAAGUGGUCAUAGAACACCCAGAUCUUGUCAAAAAUAUGCACGAAGAAUUCGUCCAUGCAGGAAGUGACGUCGUUCUGGCUUUCACUUAUUAUGGUAACCGUCACAAGAUGAGCGUAGUCGGACGUGAGGACGAAGUGGAACAGUUGAACAGAAAAGCUUUGAGAAUAGCACGCGAAGUGGCUGAUAACACAGGGACUUUAAUGGCGGGGAACGUGAACAACACCACCGUUUUCAACCCUGGCGACAAGGAUGCUGUAGAUGCCGCCAACGCUAUGUUUAAGGAGCAAGUGAUAUGGGCCAAAGAAGAAAAAGCCGAUUUCAUUUUAGGAGAAACUUUCUAUUCACUCGCAGAAUCCAUGUUGUGUUUGGAAGCCAUUAAAGCUUACGGUGGAGGUUUACCUGCAGUAAUAAACCUUGCCCCUACUACGAAGGAUCACACGGUGGAUAAUAUCCCAUUAGAGGAAGCUUGCAGGAAACUCGAAGAAGCUGGAGCUGCAGUUGUAGGCCUCAACUGUAGCAUGGGACCAAAGGCGAUGGUUCCUCUCCUGAAAAGGGUCAGAGAAGCUUGUAAGGGCCCAAUAUCAGCUUUGCCCGUCACCUAUCGCACUGAUGAGAAAAUGGUAACAUUUCAAUCGCUCAAGGAUCUUUGUACAGGCGAGUCUGCUUUCCCGAGCAACUUGUCCCAGUUCCACUGCAGCUUAGACGAAAUGAAAUUCUUUGGAAAUGCCUGUAAAGAGAUUGGAGUCCAGUAUAUCGGUCUUUGCUGCGGAAAUACGUCUGAUUACUUCCGCCUUCUGUGUGAGACUUGUGGAAAAACGACCAAGGCCAGCCGCUAUACAACAGAUAUGUCGAAACAUUAUCUUAACAACGACAAGGGUCUUAACGAAUACAAUGCAAAAGUGAGGAAAGCACUCCUUGGUUUGUAAAACUACCAACGAUCGUAUCGCUCAAAGAACUUCGCUCUUUGUUUUUUAUAACAACAAACAG